AUGUCAUUUCUGCAUUGUCAGCUUACUCCAAGAUCGCUGGCAAAAACAAGCAGAGCAAAUAUUUUUUUGUUACCCGUUGACUUUGCAGCGAUUGAGACGAAAUGGAAGUCAAGGUGGCAAUCAGUCAAACCUGCUCCUGUCGAUCCUUCUAAACCCAACUAUUAUACACUAUCCAUGUUUCCCUACCCAAGCGGUAUGCUUCAUAUGGGCCAUGUUCGAGUGUAUACAAUAAGCGACACCAUUCAACGAUUUCGCAAGAUGUUGGGUUACAACGUUUUACACCCCAUGGGCUGGGACGCAUUUGGUCUGCCUGCUGAAAAUGCGGCUAUUGAACGAGGAAUACAUCCUGCUGAAUGGACAACAAAGAAUAUCGCAGCCAUGAAGGAGCAAAUGUCUAAAUUAUGCAUUGACUUUGACUGGUCAAAGGAAGUGACAACCUGUGAUCCCAAGUACUAUCGAUGGACUCAGUACAUAUUCUUGGAAUUAUACAAUGCAGGAUUAGCCUAUCAAAAGGAAGCUGUGGUCAAUUGGGAUCCUGUAGAUCAGACUGUAUUAGCAAACGAGCAAGUGGAUCCAGAAGGAAAAUCAUGGCGUUCAGGUGCUUUAGUAGAAAGAAAAAAAUUGAAGCAGUGGUUUUUUAAAGUAACUGAAUUUGCAGAGGAUCUUUUGAAAGAUAUCGACAGACUAGAAAAUUGGCCAGAGCGCGUAAAACAGAUGCAGCGUAACUGGAUUGGAAAGUCAAAGGGUGCAGAGUUUACAUUUAAUACACCUAUCAAGGUGUUUACCAGUAGACCAGAUACAAUCUUUGGUGUACAAUACCUGGUGCUUGCACCAGAACAUCCUCUUGUGAACAAAGAAAACUUACCGUCUGAGCACGCAGACGCAGUGCUUGAUUUUGUUGAAGGAUUAAAGAAAAAGCAAAAUAUGGAUGCUGCUGAAGAAAGUAAACAGGGUGUCUUUACAGGCUUAUUCGCAAAAAAUCCAUUCACCAAAGAAGAUAUUCCCAUUUAUGUUGCACCUUAUGUCGUAUCAGAUUAUGGUACUGGAGCCGUCAUGGGUGUACCAGCUCAUGACAAGCGUGAUUUUGAGUUUUGUCAUGUAAAUAAAGUGACUGAAAAUAUCAAGUUUGUCGUGGAGCCAUCUAUCAAGCCUGUGGAUGAACCUGUGGAUAAGAGCACACCAUUCACAGCAGAAGGUAUCUUGACAGAACUAUCUGGUCCUUACAAAGGCAUGAAAUCCAAAGAAGCUGCCAAGGCCAUAUUAAGGGAUGCACAGAAAAUGGGAAUUGGUCGUCCUACAACACAAUAUCGUCUGCGUGAUUGGUUACUAUCUAGACAACGCUAUUGGGGCGCACCUAUUCCAAUAAUUCACUGCCCUACCUGUAAGGUUGUUCCUGUACCUAAGGAGGAUCUUCCGGUAAGUCUGCCUCUAGAUGUUGAAUUCUCUGGAAAGGGUCAUUCGCCCCUUGCGCGUAAAGAGGAUUGGGUUAAAUGCAAAUGUCCAAAGUGUCAUGGACCCGCUAGACGUGAAACGGACACAAUGGAUACAUUUGUAGACUCAUCAUGGUACUUUAUGAGAUACACAGAUCCACACAACAAGUCUUUACCGUUUGAUCCCGAGAAGGCAUCAGCGCUACUACCUGUAGAUAUAUAUAUUGGUGGUGUAGAACAUGCCAUUCUUCAUCUUCUCUAUUCCCGAUUCAUUUCGAAAGCAUUACUGAAACAAGGAGCCUAUCACCAAUCCGCAGAAACCAAACCUGGAAAUGGUGAGCCCUUUAACAUCUUAUUGACUCAGGGAAUGGUACAUGGUCGUACAUUUAAAGACCCCAACACAUCGAGGUUCCUUAAACCAGAGGAGGUUGAUGCAUCAGAUCCCGCCAAUCCAAAGAUUAUUGCCACAGGCGAAACCCCUUUGAUCACUUUUGAAAAGAUGUCAAAGAGCAAAUACAAUGGUGUGGAUCCAGUGAAUGUGAUCACUGAGUGUGGUGUGGAUCCUACCCGUCUACAUAUACUUUAUAAAGCACCACCUUCAGAAGUUCUCGAAUGGGAUGACACGAGCAUUGUCGGCAUGCAGCGGUGGCUGGCCAAGGUUUUGAAAUUGUCACAAUCUAUUUCCAAAAAUACGAAUGCUUUACCCCUAAUCAAAAAUAUGACAAAGGAUGAAAAGGAGCUGUAUAGAAUGACACAUCAGACGAUUAUGCAAGUAACAGAAAACAUGGCAAGGACUUAUUCCUUCAAUACCGUCAUCUCUGAUUUGAUCAAACUUUCCAAUGCCAUUUCAUCAAGCACGGCCCCAACAGACUCCCCAGUGUAUUAUCAUGCAGUUCAAUCCCUUGUCAAGAUGAUGGCUCCCAUGGCACCUGCCAUGAGCGAAGAAUGCUGGGAAUACGUUGGCACUAAUAAAGAGAGCGUGCUUCAGCAAGCUUGGCCAUCAUUUGAGCCCGCUGCUUUAGAAAAAGAUGAAAUUACCUGUGUGAUUCAGGUCAAUGGAAAGACAAGAUUUACCAUGACAGUCUCUAAAGAAUUAUCAAACAAUUCAAGUGAAAUUGAAAAACUCGCUAGACAGACGGAAACGGGUCAAAGAUGGCUUGGAGACAAAACGAUUAGAAAGACCAUUUUAGCAAAAAAGGGAGAGCUUGUUAACUUUGUAAUUUAA